ACAGGUGUUUUGGCGUCGUUCUGGAAUUUUUGCGUGUUUUCUCACGGAAAGUGUCUCAAAUCGGUUCAGUUUGUGAUAAUUUCUAGUGUUAACGCUGUGCUAACUCGUGCAAAAGUGUGUUGAUAACGUGAGCUAGCGGAAUUGCCUGCUGCAGGAGAUUAUUUUGUGCCGAUUAUUCGGUUUCGUUUUCAAAAUCGAUGGUGGUGGCUGUUUGACAAUGACGAUGUUCUUCAACGGUGUUGAACCCAUUCAGGCCACUUCGACCGGGGUGACGAUGAAUGCAAACAUUACGUCGAUGAUGCCUGGUUUGAUCCAGGAGCAGCAGUUCUGCUUGCGCUGGAACAACUACCACUCCAACCUGUCGGCCGUGUUCGAUCAGCUCUACCAGAAUCAGUGCUUUGUAGAUGUUACACUGGUAGGCGACGGUCGUUCAAUUAAGGCUCACAAAAUGGUUCUGGCUGCCAGCAGUCCCUACUUCCAAACCAUUUUCUCCGAGACCCCAUGCAAACAUCCGGUCGUUAUUAUCAAGGAUGUCAAAUGGGAAGAACUGAGAGCGUUGGUUGAAUUCAUGUACCGCGGUGAAAUAAACGUUGGUCAAGAGCAAAUUCGACCGCUACUUAAACUAGCCGAGAUGUUUCAAAUCCGUGGUUUGGCUGAAGUAAAGCACGAAGAUGUUCAAAUGCCCGUUCAGGAGCCGACCGUCGAACAGUUCACAGUGUACGCUGCUUUGAAUUCGGAGAACUAUCAGCUUCAAGCGACGGUUUCAGCGGAAGAUGUCAGCUGUGCGCCGCCCGACGACAAGCAAAAGACAAAGGAACGGGAAAUAGCACGGAAGCAAACCCUCGAAACGGUGGACGUUCCCGUAGAGUGGCCCAUCGAGGAAGAUUUAAAGAGUACGAUCUCCGAUUCAAAACCAAAAUCAGCACGCAAACGAAAGCAGUCCGCCGUAUCGAGCGAUGCCGGCUCGAUACCCAAUUUCGAGAUGUACACCGAUCACUUUCACAUUAAUAAUGGCCCGGUAGCGAUUCCUCAACUGGCAGGACCAGCCGCUGUAGCAGCGCCGGGUCAUCUAAAUCCGCCGGUAAACACCUGCAAACCACCGGAGGAACCGGACGCAAGCACGAAGAUGAGUUUUUUGGAUUCCACACAGGAAGAAGAUACAUCCAUCAACACCCCCCAGGAGUGGAAAUCUUCCAGCACCAGUGCAACCGAAUCUCGCAGCAGCAGCAAGCAGAAAGCUCCCGCCUGGAACUGGAACCAACUGCAGGAGGCGAUCGCCGCCGUGGUGACCCAGCGGUUGCGAUUCACCCAGGCCUCGGCCCAGUACAACAUCCCCAAGGGAACGCUGUACGAUAACAUUCUCGGCAAGGCGCACCGCAUGGCAGUGCUGCAGGAUUUGGCGCUCAGUCCGGCCGAGGAAGCCGCCGUUCUGGAGUUCUGCUGUGACACCACCAAUUCACCGUACAACAAACGCACCAAAAAAUCGCUGAAAAGUAUCCUCGAAUUUCUCGCCCGCUUCGAGGCCUACCGCGGCAAAGCGGACCGGUUCAAGUUCGGCGGCAAGCCCGGGUUCCGCUGGUGGUGGGCCUUCUGUCGGAAGCACUCUAUUGUUUCGCUGUACUACGAAGGGAUGAAAGCAGAUGAAAAAUGCGGACAGGACACGAACAAAAAAACCCGCAGAAGUGCCGAACUGGAGGACGAAGCUGAAGCUCAGUGAGUUGACGAUUUUGAUUGAUUGAUACUUUUUGUGCCUUAUUCCCGUGUAAUUGCUUGUGAUUGAAACAUUCUCGUUAGCUGUUAAGUAAUUAUCGCAAUUUAUGUAGUAAAUAGCGUUGU